AUGCCGGUCACUCGUAUUAUAUUUAUAUUUUUCUUCAUUGGCUCAUGCAUCAUCCUUGACACCGUCGCAAGUCUUCCGGGGUUGACCAAGGCAGGCAGAGUCGUAGCGAACACUCCCCCGCCCAAGCCACCAGAUCUUGCCAUAGAAAAUGCCUCGCGGCUGAAGAGCACCGGAAAGAGUGCCUUUGAACCCCAAUACCCCUUAAAGAAGGCCACAACCUCAGCAUUACCCUCCAAAAGACGCAUGGAGGCAGAUCCUGGACCGAAAGCUUCUCACGAUUCUACCCCACAGAGCGCCCCUCACUAUUGGCACCCAUAUGUUGCCCCGUCAAAAAAUAGAUUCGCCACGGAAGCCCAGAAGGUCAAAGUCAGCUCUCUCGGUCAGACAAGUGGAAAGAGACCAGUUCGAACAAGACGUAACUCAGCAUUCAAAUGGAUUGGACAUUUUUUCUCCCAGUCCAAGAGCACUAAAAGAAUAGAAAAAGAAGAGGCUCUCCGUGAAGCUGCUGGGUCUACAGAUAAAACGACAUCAAGCCCAACUGUUAAACUAUUUGAAGAUCUUUUUCGUCAAGAAAAAACUGUUCAAGGGAGGCUUAAAUUAGCCCAAGAGGCUGUUGACUAUCUCACAAAGACUCCCAGUUUGCAGGAAAAAGAGUUAGGUGAAUGGGUGGCAAAAAUAAUCAAAAUUGCCAAGUCAGGAUCAGGGCACAACUUGCAACUUCUUUCUACACUCUUUUACGGCCUUCAUUCUGUGGUUUUGAAAAAUUACAACAAUGAGAUUCUCCGCAUUUCGAUGAUUUCUAAAAUAGACCAAGGCGUGAAAAGGAUCCGAGUACGUUGGGGAAGUACCAUCGUGACUGAGUGGGAUCAGGAACUUUUUAAUCCAUCCGCUGGUCUCAGUGCAAAAAUUGGGAAUUGGAAAAAACUUCAUGAGAUUAUAACACUUGAUUCAAGUCUCGGCAAAAUCCGAAUGGGAUUAAACAACGAAGACUCGAAUGUGAUUCAAAAAUGGGAAGACAUAAAACCCAUCUUUGCUAAGUCAACUAUGCACAAUUACUCUGCUGAGACUAGGGUAGCCGCGAUAGGUGCACUCUCUGAAAUAAUGAAACGCGAAGCUGCCCAACGCGGUAACAAUAAUGCUGCCUUCAAGUUUGCUCUGGAACUGAGUACUGAUCCAGAGAAGAAAGAUGCAUUUUUAUUUAAUCAUGAACAAACGCUUUUGACAAAGUUGGUUCAGAACUAUCAGCAGCCUGCGCAUCUUUCAAGAGGUUAG